AUGGCGGCUGUGGCUUCGUCUUCACUCAUUGGGCUGGCCAAAAUUCCCGGGCUUCCGAUUUAUCCGUCUUUCGAGCUUAAUGGGAAAGGCAAGUUUCAUUUCACGGCCGCCAUUAGCUCGCCGAGAUCCGAAUUUUUGGGGGGCGGCGUUUGUGUGAAUCUUGAAAGCGAAGCUGAAAAUGGCAGGGGAAAGGGCAAACUGCGGUCUGCCCGCGUGGUGUCGCCGAAGGCGGUUUCAGAUUCGAGCUCUUCCCAGACGUGCCUUGACCCUGAUGCCAGCACUUUUAAUUCUGCAUCCCUUAACCGUCACUUAUCACGGGCGUAUGCCAGUAAUAUGGGUGGCUACAAGAAUGAAGGUUUUGUUGAAGUUCUAGCUGCCCAGCAAAGCCCAGAGAAUCCAAAUUGGUUCCAGGGCACUGCUGAUGCUGUGAGGCAGUAUCUAUGGCUUUUUGAAGAACAAGACGUUCUUGAAUAUCUAGUUCUCGCCGGUGACCAUUUGUACCGGAUGGAUUACGAGAAAUUCAUCCAAGCCCACAGGGAAACUGAUGCAGAUAUAACAGUUGCGGCUUUGCCCAUGGAUGGAAAACGUGCCACCGCAUUUGGUCUGAUGAAGAUUGAUGAGGAAGGAAGGAUUACUGAAUUUGCCGAGAAGCCAAAGGGAGAACAACUCAAGGCAAUGAGGGUGGAUACGACAAUUUUGGGUCUUGACGAAGAGAGGGCAAAAGAAAUGCCUUAUAUUGCGAGUAUGGGCAUCUACGUUUUCAGCAAGAAUGCUAUGUUGAAUUUACUCAGAGAGAAAUUUCCGGGAGCCAAUGAUUUUGGAAGUGAAGUGAUUCCAGGGGCCACUUCAAUUGAUAUGAGGGUCCAGGCCUAUCUGUAUGAUGGUUACUGGGAAGAUAUCGGGACGAUCGAGGCAUUCUACAAUGCCAAUUUAGGGAUUACCAAGAAACCCAUCCCAGAUUUCAGCUUCUAUGACCGCUCGGCUCCAAUCUAUACGCAACCACGUUACUUGCCGCCUUCCAAAAUGCUCAAUGCCGAUGUUACCGACAGUGUCAUCGGUGAGGGUUGUGUCAUCAAGAACUGUAAGAUUCACCACUCUGUGAUUGGCCUGCGGUCGUGCAUAUUGGAGGGUGCAAUCAUAGAGGACUCACUUUUGAUGGGAGCAGACUAUUAUGAGACUGAUGCUGCCAGAAGAUACCUUGCUGCUAAAGGAGGGGUUCCGGUCGGAAUUGGCAAGAAUUCUCACAUUAAACGGGCAAUUAUCGAUAAAAAUGCACGCAUUGGAGACGAUGUGAAGAUCAUUAACAGUGACAAUGUGCAAGAGGCGGCAAGAGAGACUGAUGGUUAUUUCAUCAAGAGCGGCAUUGUGACUGUAAUCAAGGAUGCACUAAUUCCCAGUGGAACACUUAUUUAA